AUGUCUGCUGUCAACCGCAGCCUGCGAACCGCCUCGAGAUCGCUGCGCCUGCCCACCUCUGCCCUCCACCGCGCCGGCCCCCUCGCUGUCUCUGCUGCGAAGCUCGGUGCCCGCCGCACAGUCGCUCCCGCCCUCGCCAGCUACACCCGCCUCAGCUCCUUCUCCACCUCCACUGCCAGGAUGGGUGCUCCCGCUUUGCCCCAGGAGGGCCGCGAGUACGACCCCGAGAUCAAGGACAUUGCUCAGUACGUCACCAAGCCAAUUGACUCUGAGCUCGCCUUUGACACGGCGAGAUGGAUUCUGCUCGACACCCUUGGCUGCGGACUUGAGGGCCUGCGCUUCAAGGAGUGCACCAAGCUGCUGGGACCCAUUGUCCCCGGCACCGUCGUCCCCAACGGCACCAAGGUUCCCGGUACCGACUUCCAGCUCGACCCUGUCAAUGGCGCCUUCAACAUUGGCGCCAUGAUCAGAUGGCUUGACUACAACGACUGCUGGCUCGCGGCCGAGUGGGGUCACCCUUCUGACAACCUCGGUGCCAUCCUCGCCGUUGCCGACUGGGUCAACCGCACCAACAAGGCUGGCGGCAACCUCGCCGGUGGCAAGAUCUUCACCGUCAAGGAUGUCCUCGAAGGCAUGAUCAAGGCCCACGAGAUCCAAGGCUGCUUGGCCCUCCUCAACUCGUACAACAAGGUCGGUCUCGACCACGUUGUCCUUGUCAAAGUUGCCAGCACGGCCGUCGUCUCCCAGAUGCUCGGCCUGAGUGAGAGCCAGAUCGCCGAUGCUGUGUCCCAGGCCUGGGUUGAUGGCCAGUCUCUCCGUACCUACCGCCACUCGCCCAACACCAUGUCCCGUAAGUCGUGGGCCGCUGGUGACGCUUGCCAGCGUGCCGUCAACCUCGCCCUCAAGGUCUCCAAGGGCGAGCCCGGCAUUCCCACCGUCCUGUCCGCUCCCGUCUGGGGUUUCUAUGACGUCCUCUUCAAGGGCAACAAGUUCGAGUUCCAGCGUCCCUACGGCAGCUACGUCAUGGAGAACGUCCUCUUCAAGGUCUCCUACCCUGCCGAGUUCCACUCCCAGACCGCCGUCGAAGCCUCCGAGAAGAUCUUCGCCCAGCUCAAGGCUGCCGGCAAGUCCGCCAAGGACAUCAAGGAGGUGACCAUCCGGACCCACGAGGCCUGCGUCCGCAUUAUCGACAAGCAGUUCAAGCCCAUGGACAACUUUGCCGACCGUGACCACUGCAUCCAGUACAUGUGUGCCACCAUGCUCACCUUUGGCCGCCUUGAGGCCACAGACUACACGGACGGCGGCGAGGCUGCCACCUCGCCUAUUGUCGAGGACCUGCGCAAGCGCAUCAAGUGUGUCGAGGACCCGCAGUUCACCAAGGACUACCAUGACCCUGCGCUCCGCACGAUCUCCAACGCCCUUACCGUCGAGCUCAACGACGGCACCUUCCUGGACGAGGUUGUCGUUGAGGCCCCUCUGGGACACCGCCUGCGCCGUGACGAGGCCAAGCCGCACAUCCUGGCCAAGUACAAGCGCCACCUCGGCCCCCACUUCCCCGAGGCCCAGGUCAAGGAGCUCGUCGAGCUCAGCCAGGACGCUCAGAGGCUUGAGAAGAUGUCGAUCGACGAGUACGUAGACAAGUACGUCGUCAAGGACAGCAAGUUUGUCUAA